UUAAGCGUGAAAUAUGCAGGCGGACACAGAUGCCUGCUGUUCAUUCAUGGAGACUCGGCGAGAGCCUCAGGAAACCGGGAGGGACUGAAGGGGUGGGUAGCUCAAUCGUCACCGAGAGAGAGAAAAAAAGUGAAGUUUCGGAAUAAAGAGGGAACAGUCUACCUUUGAAACAACUAAUUUUUAAAAGUCGGAUUCUAGCGCACCUUAUAGAACAGAUAGUUUUCUCAGUUUCAACUAAAGUGUAAACGUUUGAAAAGAAGAGUUAUCUUGUAACCACCCGUUACAGUAUAAAGGAUUCAUUCACGGCAAUCAGUGUACAGGUCCCCCUGCCAAGAUCUUGGGCUUCUACCGCGCGACCAUGACAGAGCCAGAAGAUGCCUCAGGGCCGGUGGGCUCCGGCUCGGGAGACAGCGGGGACUCCCCGCAAGAGAACGACUCCUCUUUCCCCCUGUCCUCGCUGGCCAACCUCUUCGAGGGGGAGGAGGGCUCCCCUGCUCCCGAGCUGCCCCGGCCCGGAGAGAGCAGGCAGAACCUGCGCAUGAAGUUCCAGGGCGCCUUCAAGAAGGGCAUAACCAACUCCAUGGACCUGCUGGAGUCCUCCAUCUACGAGUCGCCCGUGGUGCCAGCCCCCAAGAAGGCGCCCAUGGAUUCCCUGUUCGACUACGGAACCUAUCACCAGCCCAACAACCAGAAACGGAGGAGGAAGAAGAUCCCAAACAGCAAGCUGGCUGCUGCCAGUGUGAAGGGCCCGGCCCCAGACCCUCCUCCAGUGCUGAAGGUGUUCAACCGCACCAUGCUCUUCGAUGCUGUGUCUCGGGGAGACACCAGCGCUCUCCAGGGACUCCUCCAGUUCCUGCAGUGCAACAAGAAGAGGCUGACUGAUGAAGAGUUCAGAGAACCAUCGACGGGGAAGACAUGUCUGCCCAAAGCCUUGCUCAACCUCUACAGUGGGCAGAACGACACCAUUCCCUUCCUGGUGGACAUCGCCGAGCAAACGGGCAACCUGCGGGAGUUCAUCAACACGCCCUUCAGAGACGUCUACUACCGGGGCCAGACAGCUCUGCACAUCGCCAUCGAGAGGCGCUGUAAACAGUACGUGGAGCUGCUGGUGGAAAAGGGGGCAGAUGUCCAUGCCCAGGCCAGGGGACGUUUCUUCCAACCCAAGGAUGAGGGGGGCUAUUUCUACUUUGGUGAGCUCCCGCUGUCCCUGGCAGCCUGCACUAACCAGCCCGACAUCGUGCACUACCUGACGGAGAACAGCCAGAAGAAGGCGGACCUGCGGAGGCAGGACUCGCGGGGGAACACGGUGCUGCACGCGCUGGUGCACAUCGCCGACAACACGCGCGAGAACACCCGCUUCCUCACCAAGAUGUACGACCUGCUGCUCAUCAAGAGCGUCAAGCUCUACCCCGACUGCAACCUGGAGACCGUGCUCAACAACGACAGCAUGUCGCCGCUCAUGAUGGCCGCCAAGCUCGGCAAAAUCGGGGUGUUCCAGCACAUCAUCCGCAGGGAGAUCAAAGAUGAGAACGCCAGACACCUGUCUCGCAAGUUUAAGGACUGGGCGUAUGGACCCGUCUACUCAUCACUGUAUGACCUCUCCUCUCUGGACACGUGUGGGGAGGAAGUAUCAGUGCUGGAGAUCCUGGUUUACAACAGUCGCAUAGAGAAUCGCCAUGAGAUGUUGGCAGUGGAGCCAAUAAAUGAACUCCUGCGCGACAAGUGGCAGAAAUUUGGUGCCGUCACGUUUUACAUCAGUGUGGUUUCCUAUCUGGUUGCCAUGGUCAUCUUCACCCUUGUGGCCUACUACCGACCGUCUGAGGGCACGCCCCCAUACCCUUAUAGUACCUCUUCAGAAUACCUGCGCAUGGCGGGGGAGAUAGUGACCGUUUUCACAGGAGUUUUCUUCUUUCUCACCAAUAUCAAAGACCUCUUCCUGAAGAAGUGUCCUGGGGUGAACUCCCUCUUUAUUGACGGCUCUUUUCAGCUGCUUUACUUCAUCUACUCUGUGCUGGUGCUAGUUACAGCGGCUCUCUACCUCUCUGGAAUCAAGGCCUAUGUGUCUGUCAUGGUGUUUGCACUGGUAUUGGGCUGGAUGAACACACUCUACUUCACCAGAGGGCUCAAACUCACGGGGACAUACAGUAUCAUGAUCCAGAAGAUCCUCUUCAAGGACUUGUUCAGAUUCCUGCUGGUUUAUGUGCUGUUCAUGAUUGGAUAUGCUUCAGCCCUGGUGUGUCUCCUGCACUCGUGUCCUGGCCCAGAUGCACAGUGCCCAGAAGGAAAGUGUCCCACCUAUCCCCAGUGCCGUGACACGGACACCUUCAGCACUUUCCUGCUAGACCUGUUCAAGCUCACCAUCGGCAUGGGCGACCUGGACAUGAUCAACAGCACCCAGUACCCGGCUGUCUUCCUCAUCCUGCUGGUCACCUACAUCAUCCUCACCUUCGUCCUGCUGCUCAACAUGUUGAUCGCUCUGAUGGGGGAGACCGUGGGACAGGUGUCCAAGGAGAGCAAGAAGAUCUGGAAGUUGCAGUGGGCGACCACCAUCCUGGACAUCGAGCGCUCCUUCCCCGUGUGCCUCCGCCGGACCUUCCGCUCGGGCGAGAUGGUGACGGUGGGCAAGAACAGCGACGGGACCCCCGACCGGAGGUGGUGCUUCAGGGUAGAUGAGGUAAACUGGUCUCACUGGAACCAGAACCUGGGCAUCAUCAAUGAGGACCCUGGCAAGAAUGAGACCUACCAGUACUACGGCAUCUCUCAGACCGUCAGAGGCCUGAGGAGAGACCGCUGGUCCACGGUGGUCCCUCGGGCGGUGGAGCUCCACAAACACCCCCGGUCAGGGGAAGCCGUGGUGGAGAUGGAGCAGUUUGAACCCCUGAACCCCGGGAACCGGCCGAGCAGGGAGACGCCGAACAGAUUCUGACAGACGGAGAUAAAAAUCUCUCCCUCCCCUCCUUCCUCCCACAGAGCAGGUUAGCAGGUUCGCACAAGCUGCUGUGACUUUUACUUUGGUACCCUCUGAAGAAAAGGUCUCCAGAGGACUGGACAAGCCCAGUAGAAAAUUCUAGCUAAAAAAAAAUCUGAAAAUAUUGAAUGCAUCUUCUUCAGUCGUUCCAGCAACUGCUGUCUUGUAAAAGAUCUGCACAGAAGGGAAAUACUGUAGCUGGGGAGUGAAUGUCAUCUAGGUCAGAAAUUGUAUAAAGAAAAUUACCUGCUUAUCACAACUCAAGGAACAUGGCCAUGUCGUAUUACUGUACUUUGUCUUACCUGGAGCUACCAGUUGCACUAAUUGGUUUAUAAUCCUACCAUAGAAAAUCAGCAAUAUUAAAUGGUAAAAUUAUUUUUCUUAGAGAACAGAUUUUUAAGUAGUCAAAAGGAAUAAAUGGAUUUGAGACCUACAGUACAGUAUAAGACUGUGGCUGGAGAACUGGUUAAUUUCUGUUAAAGUACAAUUGCUCAGGGAUUUGAAGAAGUAGAAAACUCUGCAGUUCUCUGCAGUCUUUCAUCUGUUUAAAAUGAUUUUAAUGUUACUUUAAAUUUUUUAAUUAGACAUUUCAAUGAUUGAAAUUCAUGUUUACCUCCCAAACUAUUAGUCCCGUCAAUCAACCUGGUUUACUGCUGCGGUCGUUGUACAGGCGCAGCAGGGCUGGAGCCCAUGCACGAAUCCUCAAGAGCUGUGCACAGUGGAGCCAAACUCCUUUUACACACUGUGAGCCCUCAGCGCUGGCAGCCCCAUUCCUCGCUGGAUGGAGGGUUAAUGCAUCUCUUAUUCACAGCACUACAAGCGCUCACUACCCUGGCUGGCCUCAGGGAGGUGCUGUUACAGUCUGAGGCCUGCUGAGCACACCCCGGCAAUUCGGGGACCCAGCCUAGGAGUCAUGACUACAUCUGGCUAACAAUACAUCCAGCCAGUAACAUCAGGACUGAACGGCUCAAUCUCUGGCUUUUUAUUGGCUGAGCCACUUGGUGUCCAAAUCUGUUGUAUCUUUAACACUUAGUUAAAUAAUACGUAUGCUAAUCAGGUUUCAUUUUAGUUAAAUGUAACAUUAGGGUUGUUUUUUAAAAUAGUCUAGUGCAUUUCCUUGUCCUGUCCUAGUGCUGUUAUGCUUGCACAAUUGCAACUUCUAAUUGUAUUGAUUCCUGACAGAAUCAUUUACUGUUCUCUGAUCUCUCAGAGCUGAAUGAAGGGUUGUAAAAAAUGUGCAAUGUAAGCAAUAAAAUAGACUGUAGCAUAAAGAUAGCAGAAAACCCAUUGACUAGCUACAUGCAAGAAUAAACCCACACUAGGUGGCAGUGCAGCAUAGAAAUCGGAACAGACCUGAUCAAGGCAAACCAUUGGGAGCUGCCCCCUUCAGACAGAUUCACUCCCAGACUGAAGUGACAACCGCAAAUUUUAAAGACGAUGGGAAAAUGCAAAGUCUUUAUACUCUUAAGUGAGCAAAAUGUGGAAUGAGGAAUGCGGUUGUAUAUUGUGAGUGUCGUUUUAUUUAAAGUUUUCAAAAGUUUAGGGCAGAAAUGCAGAACUGGCCAGCAGCGUGUUCAAUUUACUGUAAUUUUCAAACCUCAUCACCAUAUAAUUAGAGUUGACAAUGCAUGAUAACUAAUGACUAUGCAUUAAUAAUCCCUUCUUAUUUAUUUUUGUGUCAGUCAGAUAUUUAAGAUAUAAGCAUCUUCACCAUAAUUCCUAUUGUCUUAUACAAAUGGUUUAUUCAUUCUUUUCUGUUAACUUGUAAGCCAAUAUGGGCUUGUGAUCUAGAGAACUGCUGUCAAAAUAUACCUCAGUGAAGAACCAGGCCAAAUAUUAUUCAUCAAUGUGUUUUGCUAGAUGGUCAAUAUGCAAGUCUCUGCAUUAUUGUGAUUUUCUAAUUUAUUUAAUAAUUGUUUUAACCAAAACAGUUUGUACUGUAUAGCUCUACAGGCUUGUACAAACUGGAAAACAAAGCCCUGUAAAUGAAAUUGUAUUACAAUGUAAGGUUCAGUAUUGUAUACUAGAUACUAGUUUUUCGUGGGAACUAUGUACAUUAGAAUGCAAAGAAUGCAUAUAUAAGUUUAGUAAAUUAUAUAUAAAAAAACAGAAGACUGGAAUAGUCCCAUGUGUUAAAAUCAGAUUUCUAUUGCUGCUAUAGUGAUUCCCCUUCAAAUUACAAUACAUAGUUAUAAAUUGGCUAACAAUUAUCAUUGGCAAUGGAGGCUUGCUCAUUACAUAGUGAUUUUGUUGUUGUGGAACUGAUAUUGAUGUUCCUUUCAUCAAUAUCAACAGGUCCUUCGAUAUUCUUUCAAGUGCUUGUAGGGUAUCAUUCCAAACUAUUUAAAAUCUUCAGAAAAUGUCACUUUGCUAACUAUCAUCUCUGGAAGAAAAAAUAAAGUUAAACAUUAAAUUAUAUUUAUAUUUAAAAAUGUAUAGAUUUUAUGAAUAUCAAAAUGAUCAGAUUUGACUUUGGGGGGAAAAAGUAUACAAUUUCUAGGGGUGAGGAAGGGUCAUGAGGCCUGCUCCUGGAGAACCAUAGCUCACCAUUAAAUCCUCAAUCUCUGGAGACUUUGAGCAAUUUUGGUGAUCAAUCAAGAAAAGUAUUGGUUAAAUUAAGUCAGUCGGAGAUAAUCUGGAAUCAAGAGAGUACCCUGCAGCCCCCCAAGACCAGGGGUGUAUUAAUUAAUUAUAAUACUUGCUUGAUUAAUCCAAACCUUACAGGUAUUGGCAAUCUUUUGCAGCAGGUGACUGGUGUGGGGCUCUCCAGAACCAGGUCUGGAGCCCUGCUGUAGAGCAAGGCUGUCCACGUCUAGUCUUGGUCCUGUAGGGUGGGAAUGGGGACUUUCUAGGUCCCUGUGGAGCAGCUGCACCUCGGAGAAGCUGAUAAACUGGUUUAGUUCAGCCAGUAACCAGCUGAUUUAUGUCCUUCAGAACAGACUGAAUGGAAACUCAUAAUCAGUUCAGGGCUGGACAGCCCCCUUCCAGCAUGUUAGAAACAAGAGAGACUAGGAGCACAAGGCUAGUUAUUUUAAUUUCUUUUGAAAUACAUUUCAGAAAAUAUCUUUAUGCUAUUCAUUUUUUUAUCACCAGGUCUAUGUAUUAAUGUCAUCAUGUCGUCCAUUUUUAAAAUCUUUUAUAGUUCAUUCUUUUUUUGAUGGUUUUUGACAGGUUUUGUUUUUUAAUAAAUGUAUUUGC